AUGGGAGGGAGGAGGCUCUCGUCCACUGAACUGGUGUUUGAUGCUGCCACGCCUGAACUCUUCUCGUCACGCGCAACGCACGAGAUCAAGGGAUUAGUGGACAUCUGCAUGGUGAAAGUGGAUUGUGGGCUGUGUUACUACGCAAGACAUUUGUUUGUAGAAAAAGGAGCCCAAAUGUCAAACUUCAAUCCAACUUCAAGGGCCUCUGACGAACAAGAGGGGGUUCACAAUGUUCAGAUACAGAAGGCUGCAGAGAAGGCCGUGGAGAAGUACAUAGAAAAGCACGGGAAGGAGUACUACGACAACGCCGUCAAAACCAAGCACGGUCUCUACCACGUUUUAUUUGAGAUUGUGGCGAUGUUGAAUGAGGAAAGCGGUCCCGUGCAGUUCGAGCUACCGUCUAUCGAAACGCUGGAGACGGCGUAUAAGGAGGUGACGGGUGGCAAAGGGUCUAAACUGACCAAGGAUGAGUUCAGGCGGAUAAUCGAGAAGGUCGUCAGGCCCGACUGCUUCCACGUCGGACAGGGAGCGAAGGACCUUUUCCUCUACAUAUUCGGAGUCCCCGUCCUGGCCCUACUCGCUAAGAGGGUGAUCCCGGGGCCCACCCGAGCCGUAUCCGACGACGUCUUCAUCCCGCUCACCACCACCGCGACAGUCGUCUACCUCGCCAAGACCAACAGGCUCUAGGCCUUCACUCCCGAGCUCAUCCAUAAAAUAAUAAUAAAUUAUUAUUAUUGUGCCUGUUCAACUGACAUUUCACAUAAAAUGUGAUAUCAUGCCAAUCUAUACUCCAAUACUAUCUUCUCAGUGAGUA